CUGUCUUUCCUUUACACUUGUACUCUGUCUUGCUGCGACUGACCUUCAUUCCUCUUCUUUCUAAUUGUUAUUUGGUUGUAAUGUAAUAUACACCUGGAUAAUGACUCACUCCCGCACGAACAACCACAGACAUUUGAGAGGACAGCCGAGGGCCAGUGUGUGUUAGCUUAGCUUAGCUUAGCUUAGCCUGAGUCAAGCUAAAAAGAAAUGAAGCGAUUUCAUCUUUGGAUUUAAUCCAGGUUCCUGUUUGUCUCCACGCCCGGACCUGUGGUGGGCUGGAUGAGUGAAUGACACGAAACCAACCAGCAGAUGGCAGUGUAAUAAUUAAAUAAGAUGUAAGCUGAAACGGAUCAACCUCAAAGAAGACUCGACGUCGUGACGUCCUAACGAACCCAAAGACAGGCAGGAAAUCCAAACACAUCUACAGAGUUCAGAGCCGAGUUACCGCGGACCAAUGGUCACGUGACUCAGACAUAUAACGUGUUACCAUAGGCAGUGACGUCGUUUCCUUUCAGCUAGGUUUCGUUUUUACAGCGACCGAUGGAUUUGUAGACACGGACAUGGAAGUUGCUGUGAAAGGUUGGUAGAAACAGACCGAAGCACAGACUGACCACAGACUGACCACAUGACAGGGUGUCCGCGGUGACCAAUGUUGAUUUGUUGACCACGGGACUCACUGCCUUUCACUGCCUUAGACUCGUGACGUGUUUCUGACGUUCCAACCAAAUAACAAUUAUAUACAGAUGUAAAAUAAAGUAGAGCAUAAAGACCAGUGACUACAAACAGCACCAGUGCACAGUUGAACUGUGGGGACACGUCCUGUCCCUCAGUUUGGGGGGGUCAGAGGGUAGCAGGUUAGGGAGUGACAGAUGGUUCUAGGUUUACUGUUACCUAUGGUAACCACGGUAACAACACUUUGUCCCGGUGUGUGUGAUGUACAAGGAAAGGCUAAAAGGAGACAUCUGAGCGCAGACGAGUGUCAACACCUGGGUCACGGCUCCCUCACAGAGCCGCACGUCUUCAACCAGAGGCCGGGGAACAGUGACCGCCACAGGAGGCACCUCCCCAGGACGGCCCCCAAGAAACACAAGUGUGAGCCUCAGUUACUCCAUCACGUUCAGGAGGAGGAGGAGGAGGAGGAGGAGGAGGAUUCCACUCUGUUCACUGCUGCAAUGGAGUUAGGAGCUGAAGAGGAGGAGGAGGAGGAGGAGGGGGAGGGGGAGGCAGAGGGGACAGUGGACUACCUGCAGGGAAUGACAUCCAGGAUGUUUGAUGAAGAUUUUGACUGUUGUGAAACUAAGGAGGAGGAGGUGGAGGAGGAGGUGGAGCCCCUUCCUGACGCCCACUACGGGCUCCUGGGCCCCAGCAGGACGCUGCUUCAGCCCCGGGCCUGUAUUGAUGACCUUCCAGAGGAAGUUCUCAGGCAGAUCCUGGCUCUACUUCCUGCCCAGGAUCUGUACGGAGGCGUCGCGCUGACGUGUCAUCGGUGGAGGGAGAUCAUGGAGGAUACCAAGUUUGUUCCUUUCAGGAAACAGUACUACCGCUACAUGAAGAGAGAACGUGGAACCGUUGAAGAGUUGACCUCCAUCCUGAAGAACAGUGACAUCACAGGUCCAAAGUCUUCAGAGCACAGCAUCAGGAACCUUGUUGUGUUCAUGGCUCAGCACACAGUGGGGGAGAGGGUGAGGCCUGAAGACGUCCUCCACUGGGUGAGGAGACACCGUCUGUCCCCCCAGGCUGAGUUCUCCGUCAGAUCACGACUCCCAGACGUUCAGGAGGAGCUGGAGACUCCAUUGGCAGUCAUGGCAGUAAUUCUGGUCUUGAGUGAGGGAGUGGGAGACGUCCAGGCCCUGGUGUCUCUCCUCACCCGCUGCAUGUCCCUGACUGCAGUCACAGAGUUCCUCAGUCACAUGGCCACCAUCCUGCUGGCUAUGGAGAGGAACGCAGUCCACAUCAGUACCAGGUUGCAUUACAACAUCUACUACGUUCUGCAGCUGAUGGAGAAUGGUCCAGGUCAUGUCAGUUCCAGGUCCAGUUCCAGGUCCAGUUCCAGGUCCAGUUCUCACCAGCUCACAGCUGAACAGCAGCUCAUCCUCAACCACAACAUCCAGAACGACCAUGUGGUCAAGAUCAAAGCAUUUGCAGGGACAGGGAAGACCACCACUCUGGUCAAGUAUGCAGAACAGCGCCCCCACCUUCGCUUUCUCUACGUAGCCUUCAAUAAGUCCGUGGCCAAUGAGGCGCGGCGCCGUUUCCCCGGCAACGUGGACUGCAGGACGGUCCACUCCUUGGCCUUCAGGGACACUGGUCAGAGAUACAAAUCUAAGUUGACAACUGCCCUGAACCUGUUCUCCAUCAGCCUGGUUCUGCCCCCGGGCCGGGGGGGCUACACCAAGGCCAAGGUGGUGGCCUCCACCCUCCGCACCUUCAUGGCUUCAGCUGAGGACGCCGUCAACAUCAGCCACGUCCCCGACGUCCACACCACGAACUCAGGCAACAGGAUAGUCAUCGUCCACAGUGAGAAGCAGCUGUUUGUCAGCGACGCUCAGAUGAUCUGGAACAGAAUGAAGGACGUCCGUCGGACAGACAGAGAGGCGUACCGCAUGACACAUGAUGGUUACCUGAAGCUGUGGCAGCUCCAGGAGCCCAAGCCCCGCCUCUCCGACUACCACGUCCUGUUGAUCGACGAGGCUCAGGACUGUACUCCAGCCAUCAUGGACGUGCUGCUGUCUCAGCCGUGUGGGAAGAUCCUGGUUGGAGAUCCUCAUCAGCAGAUCUACACCUUCAGAGGAGCGGUCAACGCCCUGCAGCUGCUGGAGCACACACACGUCUUCUACCUGACGCAGAGCUUCAGGUUCGGUGCAGAGAUCGCGUACGUCGGCGCCACCAUCCUCAAGACCUGUAAGAACGUGGAGAAGAUUCUGGUGGGAGGAACGCAGAAAGGUGGUGUGUGUGAUGAGAACGCAGACCGAGUGGCUGAAGCUGUGAGGACAGGCGAGGCCUGUUGCCGUGGAAACACAGCCAUCCUGUCCAGGUGCAACACCGGUGUCUUCGACAGAGCUGUCAAACUGACGGACGCAAACCCACGCUGUCGAAUCCACUUCAUCGGCGAUGUGAAGAACUUUGGGCUGGACCGGAUCAUGGACCUCUGGAGGCUGACGCAGCCCAACCCACAUCCUAAAUUCAUCAAGGAUCCGCUCAUCCGCCACUUUGUCAGGAUGGACGGGAAUUCUGUGAGAAGUCUGAAGGAAUACAUCGACCAGACGGACGACCUGGAGCUGAACGCCAAACUGACCAUCGUGGAAAAGUACGCAAGUCGGAUUCCUGAGCUGCUGAUCCAACUGAGAAGCUGCUCGGAACCAGACCUUCACAGAGCAGACUUCAUCGUGGGGACAGUUCACAAAGCCAAAGGUCUGGAGUUUGAGUCCGUGAUGAUCACAGACGACUUCGUCAGGGUUCCGUGGCCCAGACACAGGAUGUACCGCAGCCCCGCCUUCUCUCUGGACAGCGUUCCUGGCGAUGAGUGGAACCUUCUGUACGUGGCAGCGACUCGAGCCAAAACGACGCUGAUCAUCAGCGAGAGCAUUUACAACCUGCUCACCCUGGCUGGGGAGUACUUUUUAAAGUCGGAGCCCGUCAGGAGCGUAACGCCACCACAGGCCCCGCCCCCGUGUUCUGUCUCUAACUGCCCCAACUGCAUCACUCCGGGCUCGUCAUUCGUCAUGUCGGCGCCGACCUUGAAAUGUUCGGACUCCGUGUUACAGGGAGGCCCGCUGUGUGAGAGGUGUGUGUGGAACCGUGUCGGACCAAUCGCCUUCCUCGUGACCGAUGAUGUCAUGUCAAUGGCUAACGUUCCAGAGAGACUGGCCCACGGCGUCUUCCAUGUCUGACCCCCCCC